AACGCGGUGCUAGUCAACGCAACGCCCAUGUCGAGUACGCCAUCGAUCUCUUUAUUGGCACCGCUUCCGAUGCAUGGAUACAGGCCAUGCGCCGCACCAUCUCGCUCAUGGCGACAUCAUCACACUCGCUUCUGGCAGCGACUUUGUCAUUGCGUAUGUGUUUCGCACCGACCGAGGCACUGCCUCCUCGCCCGACCAACUCAUCGACCUAACGAGCGCGAGCUCCACAACAGCGGCAGCCCGCACCUCUCAAAUCAUCCGCCCAGUCAUCAACGACGCGGGCGAAGAUGGGACUAUUGUCAAAGACGGGGCCACCGCCCGCAACGGCGUCACCGAGACGCUUCCCAUUAUCAACCGUGCCGACGACGACGCUGACGAGUCCCCGACGUAUAGCGCCGUUGGCAGCGUCUCGUCCGCGACGCUGCCAGGAGAGUCAAGGAUGCGACGGUAUCGCUCGUGGCUAUCGUCGGACGACGUCGCCGGCCGCAAUGUUCGCCCACGUCUCGAUGCGCUCGGCGUCGACGCCAUCGCUCGUUCUCCUCCGCGGAUUCCCCGCCGGAGCCAGCGACUCGCCGCACGCAAGGAAAAGCCUUUCUGGAGCGUCUUCAACGACAACUGCACCAUCUCGUAAAGAAAGCUUGUAUCGAUGUCACAAGAUGGAAGAAGCCAGAGUUGUGAGCCAGUCUUUGCUGCACCGUAUCGCUCGCACACGUCGGCCGUUGC